GACUGUACAAGAAAUCGGGCAAGUUAGUAUUUCUUGGACUGGACAAUGCUGGCAAGACAACGCUACUGCACAUGCUCAAAGAUGACAGAUUGGGACAGCAUGUGCCAACUUUACAUCCAAGUGAGUAGAUAUUUUAUAGUCACAUUUGUAUCAUUUUUCUAUAAACGUAUCCAUCAAGAGCUAAGGGAACAGACGGCAGCUUAUGAACAGGCCUAAUAGUUCAACAAAUCAAAUCAAAUCAAAUUGUAUUGGUCACAUGCGCCGAAUACAACAGGUGCAGAUAUUACAGUGAAAUGCUUACUUACAGCCCUUAACCAACAGUGCAUUUAUUUUUUACAAAAAAAGUAAAAAUAAAACAACAAAAAAAGUGUUGAGAAAAAAAGAGCAGAAGUAAAAUAGAAUAACAGUAGGGAGGCUAUAUAUACAGGGGGGUACCGGUGCAGAGUCAAUGUGCGGGGGCACCGGCUAAUUGAGGUAGUUGAAGUAUGAUCCAAGUAUGAUCUUCUAAGACUAGACUAAAUCCAAAAAAUAGUGCCUAAAUGAACACUGCACUGGCUACUUUUACUCUUGUCCUACUUAUUUGAUGGUUACUCAAUUGGCUGAGCUUGUGUAGUAGUUUCCCAAUGUAACCAUGACCCAUUUUACCCACCAGCCUCGGAAGAGCUGACGAUCGCUGGCAUGACCUUCACCACCUUUGACCUUGGAGGCCAUGCACAAGGUAUGUAUGUGUGCCUGACUGUCUGUGUGUGAGAGAAAGUUGAUUUGUGGUUCCCAGCAAAACUGCACUGCAAUCAUUUAUCUUGCUUUGUGCGUGUUUUCAAACAGCUCGCAGAGUGUGGAAAAACUACCUCCCCGCCAUCAACGGCAUAGUCUUCCUUGUGGAUUGCGCGGACAUACCGAGAUUGGCUGAGUCCAAAACAGAACUUGAUGUGAGUAUCAUCGAUUCACAACCACAUUGAAAAAGCCCCAUGAAUAAGAUGAAUGGGACUGAAAACUAUCACAUUUCAAUUUAAAACCCACCAUAUAUGUUCUAUUGAAACAACAAAUGGCCUUUUCAUAAGCAGUUAAUCCGUUUUGUACUGAUUGCUUUGGAUAUGUGCCAUGAAAGAAUGGUUUCUUUACCGUUUCCAAAGUCAUGAUAACUGCUCAAAGUUAGUCUGUUGAAAUGAAGGCAUGCCUUGCCCUUUAAUGGGUAGAUAAUGUCUAAGAUCAUGACAUGUUUGGUGGGGAGUAAUGUGAUAACCUAACCAUACAUCUCUGUCCUGUGGUACACACAGGCACUAAUGACAGAUGAGACCAUUGGAAACGUGCCUAUCCUGGUCCUCGGCAACAAGAUUGACAGACCAGAAGCCAUCAGUGAGGAGAAACUGCGUGAGCUGUUUGGAUUGUAUGGACAGACAACAGGCAAGGUGAGGAGAUUACUGUGCCACCCACGUUUCUUUCCUCACAGUGCAACUACUGAACUGUACAACAAAUCACGAGUUUCACCUUGUCAGGUCAUGUUGGAAAACUGUUGGCCCUAACAGUAACCAAAGCAGUAUCCAGUUGAAAAGCAUACCUCUAACAUAGAUAAGGUUUUUAAAACAAAGGAAGAACAAAAACAGAGCCACAGGUGGUUAGAACAACCAUGCAUUUGAAUGUUGUUCCCUGACAUUGUUCUUCUGGUCUCCAGGGCAACAUUCCAAUGAAGGAGCUGAACACGAGACCACUGGAGUUGUUCAUGUGCAGCGUGCUGAAGAGGCAGGGCUACGGGGAGGGCUUCCGCUGGCUCUCCCAGUACAUCGAC